CAGUUUGUAAACGGGUCACGUGGCACGUUGCUGUAUGAGGUCACUUCCUUCUGAGAGCGAGUUGCACUGCGGUUGCGAAGGGAGGAGAGGUACAGUAUCGGAGUGAAAUGCAUUGUCCCUGAGCCGUCCUGCUGUGCUGAGUCAGACUGUGAGGGACAGAGUAACAACAAACUGCCUAGAGGUGGUAUAGUGCACAGAGACAGACAGACAGGGAGAGAGAGAGAAGAGAGAGCGAGGGGGAAGACAGGCCUGCAAGAAUCCUGCAGUCAGUAUCUGCUGAGUCAGCUCCUCCGUGUUAACCAAGCAAUAAAGGGAGAGGCGUUUCUAUUACAGACUGAGAGACUGAAUCUCCACAGCCAUGCCUGCAUUGAAAGCAGAGGAGCCUGGGCAGGAGGAGACCAUGCAGGACGGGGGUGAAGUUGUGUACGAGAAGGAGCACGAUGAUGGUGUCAGCCCCAGUGACCUGUCCGAGCUGCUGAAGGCGGGGACUGUGGAUGCUCACGACAAGGCUGAGAACACGCAGUUUGUUAAGGACUUCCUGAAAGGCCACAUCAGGAAGGAGCUGUUUAAGCUGGGGACGGUGGCCCUGUACUUCACAUACUCUGCCCUGGAGGAGGAGAUGGACGGGAACAGGGAUCAGCCCCAGUUCGCCCCGCUCUACUUCCCAGAGGAGCUGCACAGACGGGAGGCGCUGGCCAAAGACCUGGAGUUCUUCUACGGAGAGAACUGGCAGGCGGUGGUGCAGCUCUCAGAGGCCACACGUAAAUACGUAGACCGAAUCCACGAGGUGGGGCGCAGCGAGCCGGAGCUGCUGGUGGCCCACGCGUACACCCGCUACAUGGGGGACCUGUCCGGGGGCCAGGUGCUAAAGAAGGUGGCCCAGCGAGCCCUGAAGCUGCCCAGCACCGGAGAGGGGGUCCAGUUCUACACCUUCGACAACAUCAGUAGCGCCAAGGAGUUCAAGCAGCUGUACCGCAGCAGGAUGAACGACCUGGACCUCGACCAGGAGACCAAGCUCAGGAUCGUGGAGGAGGCCAACCGCGCCUUCGGCUUCAACAUGGAGAUUUUCAACGAGCUGGAAAGAGUUGGGAAGACUAUAAAGGACGAGGUGCUGGAUGGGGGUCUGCCGGAGUACGACGGGAAAGGGGACCUCAGUAAAUGCCCCUACUACGCUGCAAAAACAGCUGCUGGCGGUGGCUCUGCCUGUGCCUGCCACAUGGCCAUGGCAGUGCUGAGACACCCCACCGGGCAGGUCAUAAUGUCUGCCUGCAUUGCCCUGCUAGCAGGCGUUGCUGCUUGGUACCUGAUGUGAUUGGAAGGCGUGGCCUAAAGACUGGAUUCUGUAACCAUAGCAACGCCCCUCCCUCCUGACCCAGUGCUCUGUCUAACCCUUCCCGAGUCACAGUAGAUGACAAUGUGGUGUUGGGAAAAUGAGCUGCUUACGCCAAGUCCUUUCUCUUUCAUUUCUUUUUUUGAUCUGCAGUUAUUUUAAUUGUCUCUGGUACAGAUGAAUUCACUGAAGUUCUUUCUUUUUUUAAUGGGUUGUAGAUGGAGUAUACUGUACUGGAAUCGUCUGUUUCUUCAGCUAAUGUUUGGAUUGUGUAUUCACUUUUUAGUGGCUGAUUUGUACCCUGUAGGACACAGAGUUGUUUUUUUUUAUUCCUCUGAAACUGUGUUGUUGAUUCCUUCUGUUGUAUCAAAUUUCAAAAGCUGUUCCUUGAAAUACUGAAAUCCAGUUACCCAGACAUGUACCCUCACUGGACUAACCACAGUAGGAGGGGUCUUGGACUAUGGUCAUUGUGCAACACAUUUCAGAAUAGUUUCAUUAUUACAGCACUGUUGUUACACCUGACAGAAUUCUAUGCAUCUUGCUUAUAUAUCUGUAACCUGGCGGAGGCUGGCUGCGAACCGGCGCCCCCUCAGCACUGCAAGCAAGCAUCUUAACCACAGUGCAAAAGAGCCAGGCUCAUCUGCACCCGUGGUUAUAGAGCUGUUAACCUCAUCUCACCGACAGCGUACAGAGUCCAUAACGGCAGAGCAUCACACAACACUGCUCGUCACACAUCAACCGACAGCAUCACACAACACUGCCUGUCACACGCAAACCAAAUCUUCCUCUGUUGUUUAUUUUUUAAUGCACCUAGACCACUUCAGUUGUAAAUGCCUCUCACUGUUUUGUGAGCAGAAGAUUUUAAGUACUUUUAUCUAAAUUGAGCGACAUUGAUUUUGUCAUGGGAAUCGUGCAAUCAGGUCUUCAGAAUGUACGGUUUGACCUGGCAUUCCUGUCAGUGAACAAGCCUAUCCAUCCAGGCCAGGGAGCGCACACACACACACACACAGUGUAACUGAAAGCAGGUCCCCGUUUCGGAUGUAGAAUAGGAACAGAUAUCCUUUAUAGGGAACGUGUUUAAAGCUGCAACUUUUGGUAGGGAAAAAAAACUAAAAACCUCAGUUGAACGGAUGUAGUUUUGUUUGUGUAAAACGAUUUUAAUGGAAACUAUGUACUGUUCUCUAUUGUUUAGCAAUGACCGCAGGUGGCAUGAACACACACUGUAACCUUUGCUUCCUAUGCAGUGUCUGCAGUGGUUUAAAAGUAGUAUUACAGCACAUGUCAGAAAUGUGCCAUCUGCUAUUAACUUUGAUAUAUCUAGAUCGUACUGCAUAUGCAGUUUCUGCUGUUUGUUUUCAUCUAACCUGUGUACAGUGUAAUUCAGUGCACCUUUUGCAUUAGGCUUAUGUAAUGAGGCGUUUGUUUCUUAUGUGCUAAUGGGUCAUUUUUGCCAGUUUUUGACCCGCACAUAUGCAGUGCAUUGCAUGUGCAUGGCAAUGGGCAACCACUAUGAUUGAGUGCGGCUUGCCACUGUGUACGCACGUUCUGUUACUCCACAGUAUUGUCAGCCACUCGUUUGGAUUUCGAUUUUGCAGUGUUAAGAUGUCUGCCUGUGUCUCCCACACAGAGACAAUUUGGUUGAGCUGGUAUUGAGACAGACUAAGUGAGCAACGUAACUCAUAGGAAUUUAAAUACCCAUUUCUCUACUACAUUUCCCAGCUGGUGGGAUUCAAGUGCGGAUAGGAUAUAGGCAGGUAUAGGGAUACAGUGUAACCCAAGCAGUAUCAAAGCACUGAAGGAAAGUUGGGCUGAAAUAAAAAGAAUCUUAUCGAUACCUUCCUGUGUGAUUAACAGCACUACAUUGAAUAGAUUGCUAUGCAUUUUAAAAAAAAGAGAUGUAUAAAAUUCACUUAUUUCACUGCAGCACUUUACUCAGUGUUAGAGGAUGAUUUUAUAUAUAUAAUGUAGGAAUGGAAAGUGAUGCAAAAAGCUAUGACAAAAUAAUAAAUGUCAAAAAGUGAAGUCAUUGUCAGCUGCUGCCAGGUAAUAUUUCAACAACUGGCACAAACAUGUUUGACCACCAGUGUAUUUUUUUUUUGUUGUUCUUUAAAAUAGCUUGUGUUAGCUUACUGGUAAAAAACAGUUUAUAUAGUUACUACUUUUUGCUUGGUAUUAAUUGCAAUGCCAUUGUGUGGCCUGUUGGCCCAGCUGAAUCUAACAGCCAGUGUUGCAACCCCUCCUUUGAGUGCAAUAUCACUGUAAUACUGGAAGAACAUGCAAUUAUUAUCACAAUCUGUUUAAUCUGCUUCUGAAAGUCAAGGGACUUCCAAUGUAAACCUAAGAGUAACAUCCUGUUUUUAUUUUACAACAUUAAAAUUAAUAUUGCAUUUUAUGCACAAAUUG